GGACUGGGGGUGAAUUUAAAUUUUAGAGUAGAGUGCCUUGAUACUAGCUACGGUAGAGUACUAUGGCAAUUGGCACGAUUGUGGUCACUCGCCCGCCCGGUAACUGUGGAGCAAACCUUCGUCCGCAUGCCUACUCUACUCUACCUAACCUGUUGCUGCCGCUGCUGCUACCUGUGAUAGUUGGAUGGAUGGAUGGACGGGCCCCAUCAUGCGUACUUCACAUACCUGGGUGGGUAAAAGUACUUGGCUGGCUAUCUACUGUGCCGCAAGCGCAUCACGGCAGCUAACUCGGCCUGGAGGCUGGAAUGCCCAAUUCCCUUUCCCUUUCCCUUUCCCUUUCCAUAUACCAACACGAAUCCCGGCCGGUUCCAACUCUAUGUACAGUACACGCAGACGGGUUAGAUGUCUACUAUCAUACCACAUACCCAGUAGAGUACCUAGUACCCAUCCUCACCCCAACCCCAACCAAACCAUGGAUACUCUACAUACCUGUUGGUUUUUAUGUCUUAUGCUAUGCCAUGCUAUCCAGCAUUCUCCCCUACAUACCUUGCCAUGUCUUGCCCUGCCCUGCCCUGCUGCCCAGUGCCCGGUGCCCGCGUCUCUCUCCUCCCGAGUCUCUUCUCGACCAAGUAUCCGAAAGUCGUGUUUCAAAGCCCUGACAGGCAGGCAAUGCAGCGCAGCAGCAGCAGGUCUCGUUGGAUUUCGGGCAGAGACGUUGGCGGCGGAGGAGGCAGAGGACGGACCACGCGCUCCCACUGUCUCUCCCACUGUCUCUCCCACUCUCACUCCCACUGCCACUACUGCUGCCGCAUCGUAGACUCGUAGUAUCGCGGCCAAUCACGCGCGCAGGAAUAACGAACGACGGUUCGGGAAAGCCCUGACCCCCCGCUGAUU